AUGUCGCUGUACAAAUCGACAUCGAUGGCCGUGGUCGGCGGGGCCACCACUUUCACGUCGGCCGUCAACUCGUUGAACAUCUCCGAUCUCGGGUCGCUCACCCGUCUCGAGGACAAGAUUCGUCUGCUGCAGGAGGACUUGGAGACGGAGAGGGAACUCCGCAACAGGAUCGAACGCGAGCGCGCCGAUCUGUCUGUGCAACUUAUUGCUCUGACCGAUCGUCUUGAGGAUGCUGAGGGAACCACCGAUCAGCAGAUCGAGUCGAACCGCAAGCGUGAGCAUGAGUUGGGCAAACUGCGCAAGCUGCUCGACGAGGCCCAGGUGGAGAGCGAGGAUGCCAUGUCUGUGCUCAGGAAGAAGCACGCAGAUGCCUGCCAGGACUACCAGGACCAGAAUGAGCAGCUCCAGAAGAAGAACGGCAAACUCGACCGCGAGCGCCAAAAGCUGCAACACGAAGUGAUCGAGCUGACCUCGUCGAUCGAUAUCCUCCAGAAGGAUAAGCACAUGGCCGAGAAGGCAGCCGAGAACUUUGAGCGCCAGUCGAUCGAGUACCGCAACAAGUGCGAGGAUUUGGGAAAAGCCCUUGAUGACGCCAACCAGCAGCGUCAGCGUCUCCAGAACGAGAACAACGACUUGUUGAAGGAGAUUCACGACCAAAAGGUGCAGCUCGACAACCUGCAGCACGUCAAAUACACCCUCGCCCAACAGCUCGAGGAGGCUCGCCGUCGUCUUGAGGAUGCUGAGAGGGAACGCGCCCAGCUGCAAAACCAGCUCCAUCAGGUGCAGCUCGAGCUCGAUUCGGUCCGCUCGGCCCUCGAUGAGGAGUCUCAGGCUCGCUCUGACGCCGAGCACAAGCUCAACUUGGCCAACACGGAGAUUGGCCAGUGGAAGACCAAGUAUGACGCCGAGGUGCUGGCCCAUCAGGAUGAGGUCGAGGAGCUGAGGAAGAAGAUGCUCCAGAAGCAGGCUGAAUACGAGGAGCACAUCGAACUGGUGCUCCAAAAGGUCAGCCAGCUCGAGAAGGCCAAGUCUCGCCUUGCCGCCGAGGUCGAGGUGCUGAUCGUCGACCUCGAGAAGGCCAACGCUGCCAUUGCCAUCCUCGAGCGCGCCAAGGAGGCUUUGGAGCGCCAGGUGGCUGAGCAGAAGGUCCGCAUCGACGAGCUGAACGCUGAGAUCGAUGCCGUCACCCGCGAACUUCGCGCUGCCGCUGCUGAGCUGCAGAAGCUGAAGGCCCUCUACGAGAAGGCCGUCGAGCAGAAGGAGGCAUUGGCUCGGGAGAACAAGAAGCUCCACGAUGACCUCCACGAAGCCAAGGAGGCGCUCGCCGAUGCCAACCGCAAGCUGCACGAGUUGGACCUGGAGAAUGCCCGCUUGGCCGGAGAGAUCCGCGAGCUGCAGACCGCUCUCAAGGAGGCCGAUGCUCAACGCCGCGAGGCCGAGAACCGCGCCCAGCGCGCACAGGCCGAGCUCGUCGCUCUUCGUGUGGAGAUGGAGAAGCGCCUUGCCGCCAAGGAGGAAGAGAUGGAGGCGAUGCGCAAGAACCUCCAAUUCGAGAUCGACCGCCUUGUGGCCGCACUUGCCGACGCCGAGGCUAGGCUCAAGUCCGAGGUCGCGCGCCUGAAGAAGAAGUACCAGGCCGAGAUUGCCGAGCUGGAAAUGACCGUCGACAACUUGAACAGGGCCAACAUCGAGGCCCAGAAGACGAUCAAGAAGCAGAGCGAACAGAUCAAGGUCCUCCAGUCCGCUGUUGAAGAUCUGCAGAGGCAGCUUCAGAGCGCCUUGGACUCGUUGGCCACCACUCAGAGGAAGGUCUCCAUCCUUGCCUCCGAGCUCGAGGAAGCCAAGACCGCCCUCGACAACGCCAUCCGCGCCCGCAAGCAGGCCGAGUGUGACCUCGAGGAGGCCACCAGCCGCGUCGCCGAGCUGCAGCAGAUCAACCACGGACUCGUCCAGGUGAGACAGAGCGAGAUAUCUAGCGAGCUUGAACUGACCCUGACGAACUCGUUGGCCCACCUCGACCUCCCUUUUCAGGCCAAGAACUCGCUAGAGGUCGAGCUCUCCACCGUGCACGCCGAUCUCUCGGCCGCCCAGCGCGAGUGGCACUCCGCUGAGGAGCGCGCCAACCGCGCCCAACAGGACGUCGCCCGUGCUAUGGAUCAGCUGCGCCAGGAGCAGGAACACGCCGCCAAGAUCGACGCGCUUAGGAGAGCCCUUGAGGAACAGGUCAAACAACUGCAAGUGCAGAUCCAGGAAGCUGAGGCUGCUGCUCUGUUGGGAGGAAAGAGGGUCAUCUCCAAGCUCGAGACUCGCAUCAGGGAUCUCGAGACGGCACUCGAUGAGGAGACUAGACGCCACAAGGAGACGCAGACUUCCCUCCGCAAGAAGGAGCGACGAGUGAAGGAGGUGCAACAGCUGGUUGAUGAGGAGCACAAGAACUACGUUAUGGCCCAAGAUACGGCCGAUCGUUUGAUGGAGAAGCUGAACAUUCAGAAAAGGCAGUUGGAUGAGGCCGAGGGUGUCGCCAUGGCCAACAUUCAACGCGUCCGCAGAUACCAACGCGAGUUGGAAGACGCUGGCGGCCGUGCCGACCAAGCCGAAUCCUCCCUCAACCUUAUCCGCGCCAAGCACCGCUCAUCCAUCAAUGUGCAACGCGCCGCCUCGUCCGCCAACAUUUACACGGCCGACCGAGACUUC